AUGGCCGUGCAAAUGCAAUACACAGUUGCUCUUCUGUGUACAGUGAUUUUGAGAGAGGAGGCUUUUCCAGAAAAUUUUCACACCAAGAAGUAUUUAGAAAUUAGAACUACCAAUGGCUUUGCAGAUGAUGGAAGGUUGGGCCAAGGAGGGUCUGCACAUGUUUACAAAGGAACAUUAGAGGAUCAACGCUUAGUUGCUGUAAAAAGAAUAUUUGCUGAAUCCGAGGGUUUCUUUAUCAAUGAACUUAAGAUUAUAAGCCGUUUGAUACAUCGAAACUUGGUAAAGUUCAUCGGAUGGUACAAGAUAGCUAUGGGUUUGGCCUCAGCCCUUCACUACCUGCAUGAAGGCGCAGAGCAGUGCGUCCUACACAGAGAUAUAAAAUCAGCUAAUGUCUUGCUAGACACAGAUUUCACUACCAAGCUUGGUGAUUUUGGAGUAGCCAAGCUCGUGGACCAGAGACUUAGGACUCAAACAACAAGGGUUGUAGGGACACCUGGGUACUUAGCACCGGAAAUAUGCAGGAACAAAGAGCUCAUUGAAACAUUUUAUGAAAAUGAAAUGCAAUGCUUGUUGAUGGUGGGAUUAUGGUGUACUCAUCCUAAUGACAGGGAAAGGCCAAAUGCAGAGCAAGUCAUUAGAGUUCUUCAACUGGAAGCACCAUUGCCAGAGCUUCCACUUGAUAUGCACGAGCAUCCAGCCCCUUUACCUCGUCUAUCCAUUGACAACUGA